AUAAAAAUCACACACUUAACCACUUCCAAUCUCCAGAAAGAAAAAUAAAAAAAAAAUGGCUCUCCGAUCUGUCAAAACGCCGACCUUGACACCUCCCGGCGUCGUCUUCAUCUCAUCCUCAAUUAUCAACAAGCCUCAAUCUCUCAGAUUCGUCUCCUCAUCACUCGCCGUCCGCUCCAAUCUCAAACUCAAACCAUCUCCCCACGCCGCGAAGUUCCGAUGCUCCGCUUCUUCGUCGGCGUCGCUCACGCCGCAGCUCAGAGAUACGCUCGAGAAGCUGGUGAAAUCGGAGAAAGUGGUGCUGUUCAUGAAAGGGACGAGGGAUUUCCCGAUGUGCGGAUUCUCGAACACGGUGGUGCAGAUCCUGAAGACUCUCAACGUUCCUUUCGAAGACGUGAACAUUCUCGAGAACGAGAUGGUGAGGCAAGGGCUUAAAGAGUACUCCAGCUGGCCGACGUUUCCUCAGCUUUACAUCGGCGGCGAGUUUUUCGGGGGCUGCGAUAUCACUCUCGAGGCGUUUCAGAGUGGUGAGUUGCAGGAGGCUGUGGAGAGAGCUAUGUGCUCGUGAAGCUGAUCUUUUUUAUCCUGAACGAAGGUGCUGUUGAUGUGUUAAAAGAGUCUAUGUCUGGUAACAUUGAGAGACAUGCUGUAUGAUGGAACUAUACACUAUGGUUAUAGAACAACUAAGUGUCUGAAAAAAAAAAAUCCGUACUUUACUGUCUUAGAGUCUCCUUAUUGAUUAAGAUCCCUUUUUUUUU